AUGAUGAUGCACACUAGCACGCCACCCUACUACAGUCCGCCCGACUCGUCGCACAACGAGACGAUCUCCGUGUCGAUUGGACUUGGCGCCGACCGCUCCACGUCCAUCCUGCUGCCACGUAGUCACAAUGUCGUCAAGCACCUGGAGCAGCUCCUUCCAGCGAUUGCUGCUGCACCUCCGUCGCAACAGCAAAACCACCACUUGCAGCCGUUCCCAUUCGCCUGUCAGUCCGACAUGGAGAAAGCCGUCGCUGUUGAACGACUUGACAAUGGACACAGUCGCUUGUCCCUACCGAUCCACCAGUCGCCGCAACUUCAGACGUACCAGGCCCCUCGUAUAUCGAGCUUGUCCCAGUACAUUCACGCCAACUCGCGCUACGAAACAACUUCGACAAAGCAAGUGCCAACCAAACUUUCAACGACUGUACUAACCAACCGUUCGGUGGUCUCCGUCUUUGACAACAACUCCACGAACGACGAUGGACUUGACUAUGACCACACCCAAGAAUACCUCGCACCCGCGCCGCCACGGCGACGGAGUGCCUGCAACAAACGUUGCCGGGUUCUAAGCUGCAAUAAGAUCCCAGUGAGCCGUGGCUUGUGCCGCGGCCACGGCGGUGGUCGGCGCUGCCAGCACGUGGAUUGUGCUAAGGGUGCCCAGAGCCGCAGCAACUUUUGCUGGGCCCAUGGCGGCGGGCAUCGCUGCCAUGUAAAAGGUUGUAUGCGUAGCCGCAAGUCCAGGCACUACUGUGUCGCCCAUCUCGACCGGGAGAGCCCAGCGGCGAUUUCUACUGCUCCAGCUUACCUCGGCCACGGGACUUACAAAGCUCAACGGGUGCUCCCUACCGUGUCUAAAGUCGUGCCUCCAGCGCAUUUCGCUGCUCAGACCAAGUACCCGCAACUCCCUAGUCUAGUACAGGCGCUGCGCAAAACGCGACAGUCGGUUGCGACUCGACAAAGGUAUGUGACAGAAGGAUGA